UUUCUCCGUCGUCUCCGUCCAGCUCGCAGAAACCUCGGGAGCCGCUGGCCUGUGAGGCACCCAUGGGUUCAUUGGUGGCCAAGCUCCUUCUGCCCACCAUCAGCACCUUGGUCUUCCUCCCCACCAUCAGCAUCGCGGCCAAGCGGCGCUUCCACAUGGAAGCCAUGGUUUACUUCUUCACCAUGUUCUUCGUGGCGAUUUACCACGCAUGUGAUGGCCCCGGCUUAUCAGUGCUGUGCUUCAUGCGCUAUGAUAUCCUGGAGUACUUCAGCAUCUAUGGAACAGCUCUGUCCAUCUGGGUGUCCCUGAUGGCCCUGGCAGAGUUUGACGAGCCGAAGAGAUCGACCUUCGUCAUGUUCGGCGUCCUCACCAUCGCCGUGAGGAUCUACCACGACCGCUGGGGCUACGGUGUCUACUCGGGACCCAUCGGGACGGCCGUUCUGGUGAUAACCGUGAAAUGGCUACAAAAGAUGAAAGAGAAGAAAGGGCUCUAUCCAGACAAGAGCGUCUACACCCAACAGAUCGGUCCUGGCUUCUGUUUCGGGGCGUUAGCACUGAUGCUGCGGUUCUUCUUCGAGGAGUGGGAUUACACCUACGUGCACAGCUUCUAUCACUGCGCCUUGGCCAUGGCCUUUGUGCUGCUGCUGCCCAAGGAGAACAAGAAGGCCGGGAGCGCCGGGACCCCCGCCAGGCUCGACUGCUCCACGCUCUGCUGCUGCGUCUGAGCCGCCCGGGCGAGCGGGGCACUUGCCUUUCUGCUCCUGGGCCAAUGCAACCCAAAGCAAAAUGCCCGCCUGCUGCAUUUUCCUGUGGGACAUCGGCAUCUUCUCCCAGCAGCUCUGUGCACGCCCCGGGAUUUUCUUCCCUGGAAAGUCUUCACCUUUCCACCAUCAGCCCCAGCAGAGGUUGCGCUUCCAGUUUGCUACAUACUCCUACUUCUCCCUGGAGAAGCACUUGUCUGGGCUGCAACCCUGAGGAGACCCUCGCACUCUCAGGCCAUGUCACCGCCUGGGCUGUCCCCUGCACUGGCCCUGGAGGACCCGAGUUGUCCCCUCCGUGCAGGUUUCCCCAGCCUGAGCACACGGGCCUUCGUUUGCAACGCCCAGUUAACAGAACCUGUA